AUGGGGCAGCUCUCCAUGACGCUCGCAACGGUCGUGAGCCGUAUCCUCGGGGAAUACGGGAUUCCAUUAUGCAUCAUCGGGGAGCUCGCAUUGAACUAUUAUAACGUUCCGCGGGACUUGGAAGUAUGUGUCCCAAAGGGAAGCUCUAUUAUCGCGGCCUCCAUGCUAUGUCUGUCUGGCUUUUUUCAGCCCUUUGAUACAAAAGAAGCGAUCAACAACUAUACAGAGUACAAACGGGGCUUCCCCCGCUUGAUCACAACGUUGUUGGAAGGCAAACAGCGAUCUAUCAUCAUCUUCACGGCCAAUGUCUAUGGGUUGGAGCCUCUCGAGCAAAAGACUUUACAAUCUCGAGGCGUAGACGGGAGCUUUAGCAAAGAAAUCGCCGAUGUACCUUUGGAAGAGAUAGCGACUCUGCCACUGCCUCGACUGGCCCCAUUCUUGGCCGGCUUGGCCACCAAAUUUAUCUUGACGCAAGAUGAUAAUGCCAUGAUUGCUGUUGAACAACUGGUCGACGGGAUGAACCUGGAUGAAAGCUGGGUAGAUUCGCAGCUCGCAGACUACCCACAAGCAGUACGCGACAUGAUUACUGGACUGAUAAAUGGCAAACAGUCCAGAAUUGACUACUUCUCGGAUAAUCAGGUCACAUGCUUCAUUCGUGACGAAACAGAAGCGGCGCAUGACCGCCUCAAUGACGCCGCCAUAGCCCUAAAUCGAGCGUUCAGUGAACGUAAUAUAGCCUUUGGAAUUUUCGGAGGCUACGCAAUCAACAUAUUCGGAGGCUACCGAGUGACGAAAGACAUUGAUUGCAUUGCAUCGGUGACCAAGAAUGAGGUGAUCAAGGUGCUCGACGGGCGGCACGGAUUUGAAGCCGUGCCACAGAGCCGCCAAGACUAUGUUGCCUUCCUCUGGUCCAAUCAGCCAAAUAAAAGCAACUCAGUCUUGGUGGAGAUUUUUUGCGAGCUAUUUCCAGGAGCCGAGCAUUCGAUGGCAAGCCUGCCGCUUCAAAGCAUGGCCAUCCGUGGCGCAGCUCUAGGAGAUGGCACGUCUAACUUUCUCCCGACAUUCUACUUGUUCAAAGGAAAGCUUCGUGCUGCUGCUACCCGAGCUAAAUAUCAUGAUACGGCGGAUCUAAGGCUGCUAGAGGGCACGUAUGGAGACGAGAUAAAAUCGCUAUGCAAAGGCCUCAAUCUGAACUAUGUCGGGCUUGCCAUCAAGAGGUAUCCAGAGCUUGAGCGGCUUUUCGAAAGACUGGGAGUGGACGUGCCGAAGGCCAAGGAAGUGACAAAAGACGCCGACCUCGGCAAUCUUCCUCCUCCUGCGCCCGGCGAUGUUCAGCGCGGUCUGCUUGCGUAA